UGUUUUGAUGUUUUGUUUGUUGACAUACAACACAAACGUUCGAUUAAGUUCGGUUCAGUCGCACAUGAUUUGGAAUUUUUUAUUCAAUUUUAAUCUCGUUGAAAUUGUGUAAAAAUAAAUAAUGACUCCAGCGGUAAACGAGCGGGUCUCACCGGCCAACGUGGAAACCUUCAUCAACGACUGCCUCCGGGAAGACCUGCGAACCUACGAGCAGCAGCUGUGCCGCGUCAACGCCGAAAUCAUGGAAUACGUCCAGCUCAAGAACAUGGUCGAAAACAUCCAAGACAACGCCGUGGAUGGCUUCAAGACGCAGGUCAACAUCGGUGGAAAUUUUUUCAUGAAGGCCAAAGCGGACCACGUCGACCGGAUCCUGGUGGACAUCGGUUUGAAGCAUUUUCUAGAGUUUACCCUGGAGGAGGCGCUCAAAUUUGUGGACAUGAAGGUAAAAGUACUGACCAAGCAGGCAGACGUGAUCCGGGACAAGAGCGUUGAGACGAGAGCCAACAUCAAGCUGGCUUUGCUGGUGAUCGGGGACCAGACAAGUCUGCACGCGGGGACGGAACGGUGAGGGGGGAAUGUGUUCGGGUUUUAAAUCUAAGCACAACUGCCAAUGUGAUAAACACAAUAUUAU